GAUCCUCAUGUCUCCCAGGCGAACUCUGACCCCUGGCCUCUUCCUCCUCCUGCUGCCCCUCUUCCUGCUGAUGCUGCUGGCUCCAUUCGGCCGGAGCUACAGCGGGCUGGGUCCGGGCUGCCACCUCUUCCCGUUUAAUGUGACGAUCCGCAGCGAUCGGAGGGGGACGUGCAGGGGCACGCACACGGUGUACGCCUGCGUGGGGUACUGCGAGUCCAGCGCCUUCCCCUCGCGGUACUCCGUGCUGGCGGCCUCCAACUUCACCCACAACAUCACGUCUGCCUCCCGCUGCUGCACCAUCAGCAAAGACACUAAGGUGAAGGUGCGUCUGGACUGUCCUCGCGGCCGUCGCCAUGACAACAUCGAGAUCCUGACUGCACGUGCCUGCCGCUGUGACAUGUGUCGCAAGUCACGCUACUGAGGAGUUUAAGGCCACCUGCGGCUAAAAUGUGACAGGUGGACCAUACCAAGUAACUGACAUGCCUGUCUGUGAUCCUGAAAGCCUGUGUGGACUGAGUGAGUGAGUUAUAUAUGUGUGUGUGUGCGUGUGUGUAUGAGUGCAUGUGUGAGUACAAGUGUGUGCAUGAGAGAGAGAGUGAAGGAGGCAUGGAAAGAGGUAUGGACAGAAAGCAUGAGACAGGAAAAGAAAGAGAACUCAAGUGAAAACAUUUAUUUUCAAA